CUGGAAUUAAAGAUUAGUCCAUUGAGAUCACAAAACAAGGUGCCGUGCCGUUGAUUUUUCCCGUGCAAGUUCUGUUGUUGCUAAUUCUGAAUAUGAUUGUUGUUCUAGAUCAUUAUUUCCCAAUGGAAGUUGGCCACCAGGUCUGCUGUUCUGUAGUUCAAAGUGGAGGGCGUUAAGUUUGAAGCUCCUUUUAUGUCUGAACGGGCCUCUCUCUUUUUGUCGUCAAUUGGAUUGCUUGGAGAGUAUUGUCCUACGUCUAGGAAAAAGAUCAGUUGUGCCGAGACUAUUGGCUGCAUGCAUCUUGAGUUGCUUGGGGUUCAUAGAAAAGCACGUGAUCUUGGUUUCCAUUUUAUGCGGCCUUUUCCAGCUGCUCAAAGAACAAUAGGUCCUAUUGAAGAUACUGCUGCUGAUAUCUAUCUUUUCUAACCAGAACUGCAGUAUUUCUGUGUAUUAACAACAUGGCGUUGCAGAAUAUUGGUGCCUCAAACCGUGAUGAUGCCUUCUAUAGGUAUAAGAUGCCUAAGAUGGUUACUAAAAUUGAAGGUAGAGGUAAUGGCAUCAAGACUAACGUUGUUAAUAUGGUUGAAAUUGCUAAAGCCUUGGGCAGACCUGCCUCUUACACUACCAAGUACUUUGGAUGUGAGCUUGGAGCACAAUCCAAGUUUGAUGAGAAAACUGGAACUUCUCUUGUAAAUGGCGCUCAUGAUACAGCAAAGCUUGCUGGGCUUCUUGAGAACUUCAUCAAGAAAUAUGUUCAAUGCUAUGGUUGUGGAAACCCUGAAACUGAGAUAAUCAUUACAAAGACGCAGAUGAUCACUAUGAAAUGUGCUGCCUGUGGAUUCAUAUCUGAUGUUGACAUGAGAGAUAAGCUCACAACAUUUAUUCUCAAGAAUCCUCCUGAACAGAAGAAAGGAUCAAAAGACAAGAAAGCAAUGAGGAGGGCUGAGAAGGAACGGCUUAAGGAGGGAGAGGCUGCAGAUGAAGAACAGAAGAAACUGAAGAAGGAUUCAGUAAAGAAGAAAAGCACUGCUGGUAAUACAAAGGAUGCUGUAACCAAAGUGCCCAGCAAGAAGAAGAACAAUGGCUCGGAUGAGGAUCAUUCCCCAACUCGUAGCCAAGCUGGUGAUAAUGACCACGCAGCUGAUGACGAUGAGGAUGAGGAUGAUGUACAGUGGCAAACAGACACAUCUUUGGAAGCAGCUAAGCAGCGUAUUCAGGAGCAGUUGAGUGCUGUCACUGCUGAUAUGGUCAUGCUCUCUACUACAGAAGAGAACAAGUCAUCAAAGAAGUCCACCGAGAAUGAGAAGUCACAGGUCAAUGGAAACAAGAAUGGAAAUGGAAUCUCCGCCCAUGGAGCGCUAGUUCAUGAGAUCAAAGAUUAUUUGAAGAAAGGUUCCUCCGCAGCUGAGCUUAAAUCAUUUUUGGAAUCUCUUUCUGGAACUCGCCAAGAGGUUGUGAAUGCCUUAGUCGAGUGUCUAUUUGAUGGAGUUGGGAAAGGCUUUUCAAAGGAGGUGUUGAAAAAGAAGAGCUUCUUGGCUGCAGCUGCCGCUCAGGAGGGAUCGUCGCAGAUAAUUCUUCUACGUGCCAUUGAAUCUUUGUGUCUCAAUACUAAUCCCGAGGCUGGUAAGGAGGUUGCCCUUGUCCUGAAAUCACUAUAUGAUGGCGAUGUGCUAGAGGAGGAAUUUGUAUUAGAAUGGUACCAACAGGGUCUGGCUGGCGAAAACAAAAGUUCUCAAAUCUGGAAGCAUGUGAAGCCCUUCAUUGAAUGGCUCCAGAAUGCCGAGUCGGAGACAGAAGAAGAAGAGUAAGCUUUGUUUUCUUAUUUCUACUAUCAUAGUUUUAGCAGAGUCCUGAGCAAAUUAUGUGGUGUUUGGAAUAAGGGAUAAUCACUAGGUCAGCUUGUCUUGUUUCUUGUGGUGCUUUUUAUGUCGUCUUCUCUUCAUUUCCUCGUCCAGCUGUCUCUGAACUCGUAAUAUUGUUUUGCUUUCAUUAAUAGUUAUAGUGUCCUUGUGCUUUUCUGUAUGAAUGAAUUUUCUAUUCAGAUCUUACAUUCCUUU